AUGCCGACGGCCGCAGGUGACGGAGAGGGCUGGACGUUGGGCCGUUUGGCAGGUCGGACUGCCCCCAAGGGCGAGCUGCAGUCCAGCAGACUGCAUGGCUGGUGGGUUGACUAUGAUUUGUCACAUGCGAACCGAAGUUUGCCAAGCGAUCUUUCUUCGCCUUUACUCCGUACCAUCAAUGCCAUGACGAUUUGCGCAAGGACAGGCCCAAGUCGCGGGGUUCGUUUCAAUUUGAUUGAUCCGGCAGGAGGCACUGGGAUUCAAUGUUAUGUACAGCCGGUUGACUGCAGCGGCGGCGGCGGGGAACGGCCCACUAGUUUUCAGGAGCCAGAGCUUUGCUCCAGCACUCUCAGCGCCAACUGCAACAGCCAGACACUGGAUCCACUCGGCCGCCGCUUGGUCGCCGUCAAAGUCACCAGACGGAGCGUCCGUGACAACAUCCAGAACGUCGCCCAUCUCCAAGUCCUCGCGCAACGAGCCUCUCUCCCGGCCUCACCCGCGCAAGCCUCGCAGAAUGAAGCGUCCAUCUCCCUCUCUCGACCACCAACCGUGACUAUGUGGUCGUCAUCCAGCAGCGGCAAGAAGCCGCCAGCUGCACUCAUCCAGCAGCCGCAGGAAAUGGUCCAGGUCGACCGCUCCGAGUGCGUUUCCCCGGCGUCUUUCCGUCUAUUCUGGCAGCAAAGACCAGACACUCACGAUGGUUGCAGAUCAGCCUCCCCCUUCUGGCGGCCCCCGGUUCGAGAACAUGCUCCUAAGCGAAGUGUGACGACGCCUGCAGGUCGCGACCCCAACUUCGUCGUUGGCGCAGCAUAUUCGCAUGCCGAUAUGCUCAAGUUCGACUCAUUAAGCCUCUCUGGCAACCGACCCAGGACACCUCCUUCCACUUCUGCCACAAAGGGCGGCCGCUUAAGUGAAGCGACCCCUCCAACCCGAGGGUCAACCGGCGUCGCCAGCUCCCCACCGUUUAAAAACUACAUCAAUUUUCUUUCCAACACCAACGAUGACUGGAAAGCCGACGAAGAUGAUAUGCUUGGGUACGAUGACGACGAUGGCGACGACUUUGGGCUGCCCAGCCUGUCCAACAUGAAGAGACGGUCCAGGAGGAUGGCGACGCAAAACAAAGCCAACACCGGAGCUCUAUCACCAGCAUUGGAUGGGACAUUUGGUCUAGGGGCAAGGCUCCAUUCGGAUAGUGCCGACAUUGCCGUUGAGCGACCAUCCCUGACAUAUCCAAUGCCGAAAAAGAGCGAGGGCAAGAUCCUCCGCCCGCAAUAUAAAGAUAUUCUCCAAGAGGAGGGGGGAAUGGUAGAUCCCGCCAAUGCCUUGCACCUCAUCAAUUACCCCUCCAUCCCAACCAACGCAACCCCCAAAGAAGCCGACGCCAUCAACUCUCGAAUCACCAGAAUCAACAAGUUCAAGAAACUCCUCCAAGCGUCGUCCAUAUCACUACCCGAUCUCCGAGCGCUAGCCUGGUCAGGCGUCCCCGAGGAAGUGCGCUCCAUGACGUGGCAGCUCCUCCUCAGCUACCUGCCGACCAACAGCGAAAGAAGAGUGGCAACGCUUGAGCGCAAGCGCAAAGAAUACCUCGACGGCGUGCGGCAGGCCUUUGAACGGGUCGGCACCAACGCAGCCUCGGCCAGCCGAGCAAGAGGCCUGGACGAAGCCAUCUGGCACCAAAUCAGCAUCGACAUUCCGCGGACAAACCCGCACAUCGAGCUCUACAGCUACGAGGCCACGCAGCGCUCCCUCGAGCGCAUCCUGUACCUCUGGGCCGUGCGCCACCCGGCAAGCGGCUACGUCCAGGGCAUAAACGACCUCGUCACGCCCUUCUUCCAGGUCUUCCUCGGCCUGUACAUUGCCGACCCGAACAUCGAGGCCGGCAUGGACCCGGGUCAGCUGCCCAAGCCAGUGCUCGACGCCGUCGAAGCCGACUCCUUCUGGUGCCUCACCAAGCUCCUCGACGGCAUCCAAGACCACUACAUUGUCGCACAGCCCGGCAUCCAGCGUCAGGUCGGCGCGUUGCGCGACCUCACCGCCCGCAUCGACGCCACCCUCUCCAAGCACCUCGAGCACGAGGGCGUCGAGUUCAUCCAAUUUAGCUUCCGCUGGAUGAACUGCCUCCUCAUGCGUGAAAUAAGCGUCAAGAACAUUAUCCGCAUGUGGGACACCUAUCUCGCCGAGGAGCAGGGCUUCUCCGAAUUCCACCUGUACGUCUGCGCCGCCCUCCUUGUCAAGUGGUCCGACAGGCUGGUCAAGAUGGACUUUCAGGAAAUCAUGAUGUUCCUCCAGUCACUGCCUACCAAGACUUGGACCGAAAAGGACAUUGAGCUGCUGCUCAGCGAGGCCUUUAUCUGGCAGAGCCUGUACAAGGGGUCUGCGGCGCACCUGAAGGGCGGGCCUAGCAAGCCCCUACUGGCGAACCUGCAACUCUAA